CACCCUCUUCAACUCUAUCUAGAGCAGAUCAACGUCCCACACGCACAAUCACCACAAUCACCACAAUCACCAACCACGCCCUCCCUAACGUCCCUCCCCAUCACAAACCCCACAGCCUUCCCCCUCCCCAUAAAAAGCGGCACCGUCUACUUGACCAACAUCCCCAACCCCAACAAUACCCCUCCUUCUUCCCCCUCCUCCCGCACAAUCUCCCACGUAACCCUCACCCUCCCAAGCAGCACCACAUCCUCAAUCUCAAUCCACAACCCCUCCCUUCAUCCAUUCUCUUACACCUCGGCCUCGCGCUUCCAUCCUACAACACUAUAACCUGGGCUGGUCCACACACCUCAACCACAUCCAUCCAUCCUUUACUCUCGUCGAACAGACGGCGACGCUCUGUUCACCCACAAUGCACAUGUAAAAAUCACGGGAGGUCGGUUUCUUCGAGAAUAUGUGGCUUGAUCUGAUCUAUCUGGUUUACUUUGCGCCUCUGUAUAUGAUGUCACCUCGAGCACAGUACCUUGCAAGAUUUAAGUUUGACUCGGUGAAUUGAGUUUCUUCCCUUCAAACUCAAAAUGGUUGCCCUGCAGGUUGUCAGACUUCGUUCUAGAACCACUGGAUUUGACGAGGUUCCAGAACAUUCGUUAUUUGCUUCACUGACAUGUUACAGGAAGGGCGUGAGAGAAGGCAGCAUCUUCACCUCAUACCCCAAUCAGCACUAUUAGUAACUUCACUUAGCACCGACGCUUUCUACCCACAACAUCACACACACUCUAUCCCAAGCAAACCACCAUGGCGUCUCCCUCAGUGCGAGUCCACGAAGCCCGAUUUCCUCACGAUGCCCAGACCGUAGCAACGCUAUUCCGCGCUUACGCCGAGUGGCUCAAUGUCGAUCUCACUUUUCAAAGUUUCCAGACGGAACUCGCACAACUCCCCGGCAAAUACGCACGCGAGAGCGGCGGAACGCUACUGCUCGCCUAUCAACCUCCGACCACCGCAUCUGCUGCCACCAGCGACAACCGUGCCGACGUGGGAAGUGAAGCGGCGGGGGCGCUGGGUCAAGCUACAUCCUCACCACCUCCAGCAUCACUAGGGAACUGCAUUGGCUGCGUGGCAUUCCGGCGAUUUGGCUCUGAAGACGUCUGCGAGCUCAAACGCUUGUACAUUGUCCCUGAGGCGCGCGGGCUGGGCGCGGGAGGUGUGUUGGUUGCGAAAGCGUUGGAGAUGGCGCGGGAGAUGGGUUACAAGGAGAUGCUGUUGGAUACCCUGGCGUCCAUGGUUGCUGCGAGGAAACUGUAUGUGAGGUUCGGAUUCCGCGAGACGGACAGUUAUUAUGAUAAUCCGCUCGACGAUGUGGUUUAUUAUCGCGCAGUGCUCUGA